ACAUAUUAGCAAAACCACAAUUUCUGCCCUCCACCACAAAAUUUGUCGCAAUGGGAAAGGGUCGCCGUAUGCAGAAGCAGGGCCCUCCGGCCCCGCUGGACGAGUCGAAAAUUACCCUGUACAAGAAGCGCAAGGCGGGAGAUGUCGAAUCAAAGGCAGAGUCGGGCAAGAAGCGGAGAAGAGCCGAAGAGGAAGAAGAGGUUCUGAAGGCUGUGCCUAAGAAGAAGGUUAAUGGUGCGGUUAAAGGAAAGCAAAACAAGGCCGAGACUGCCGCUGUCAGCAAGAAGGAUGCGAAGAGCAAGAGCAAACCUGCGGAGAAGGAGAAGCCUACAUUUAUGGACUCGGACGAUGAAGACAUGUCGGAUCUCGAUGACGAUGAGAUUGAGAUGGGUGAGGAUGAAUUUGAUGACUUGGAUGGCGUCAGUGACGGAUCUAUGGAUAGUCAGCAGGAGAUGGAUUCUGAUGAGGAGGAGGAAGAAGACGAAGACUCGGUCAUGGAUUCGGAGGAAGAGGACCACCCGCGGGAGGCCAUGUUUUCGGACGACGAGGAUCUGUCUGACGCGGAGGAGAAGCUCACAGCCGCCAACAUCGAGGGACUGUCCCGGAAAUUGGAUGAGGCCAGACAAGCGGAAGAGGAGGAGGCGCAGCGCGAGUUACAGGAGUCUGCUAUGCAGACCAACAUCGCAGGCGACCGCCCGGAUGUCUUUGGUGAUGCCGAGGGCAAGCCUGGUCUGGCCCCUGACCUCCAAUUGCUCCGAACGAGAAUCACAGACACCAUUCGAAUCCUGGGCGACCUGAAGACCCUUGGACAACCGGGCAAAUCCCGCGCCGAUUACCUGCAACUGCUCCUGGACGACAUCUGCACGUAUUACGGCUACACCCCAUUCCUCGCGGAGAAGCUGUUCAACCUUUUCACUCCUAUGGAGGCGUUCGCCUUCUUUGAAGCCAACGAAACUCCUCGUCCAGUCGUCAUCCGUACAAACACCCUGCGUACCAACCGACGAUCUCUGGCCCAAGCCCUCAUCAACCGAGGCGUGGUGUUGGAACCAGUCGGUAAGUGGUCCAAGGUCGGUCUGCAAGUCUUCGAGUCCGCGGUGCCUCUUGGUGCCACUCCCGAGUACCUGGCGGGCCACUACAUCCUGCAGGCCGCCUCAUCUUUCCUCCCCGUGAUGGCGCUGGCCCCACAACCCAACGAGCGGACGACGUACAUCUCGGCCCUGAUGCGCAACACCGGUUGCGUGAUCGCCAACGAUGCCAGCAAGCCCCGUGCCAAGGGUCUGAUCGGUAACAUCCACCGUCUCGGCUGCAAGAACACCAUCGUGACGAACCUGGACGCCCGGACCGCCUUCCCCAAGGCCCUCGGCGGCUUCGACCGCGUCCUCCUCGACGCCCCUGCACCGGCACAGGCCGUCAAGACCUCCAAGAAUGAGCGCGACUUCCUCGCCAUCCCCCACAUGCAACGCAACCUCCUCCUCGCCGCCAUCGACUCGGUCGACCACGCCUCGAAAACAGGGGGCUACAUCGUCUACUCCACCUGCUCCGUCACCGUCGAAGAAAACGAAGCAGUCGUGCAGUACGUCCUGCGCAAACGCCCCAACGUCAAGCUCGUCGACACCGGCCUCGGCGACUUCGGCUCCCCCGGUUUCACCAGCUACAUGAGCAAGAAGUUUGACCCCAAGAUGACCCUUACCCGCCGCUACUUCCCGCACCGCGAGAACGUCGACGCCGCUAAACCAGCCAAGAAGGCCGACGACGACGAAGAAGUCGUCGACAAGACACCCAUCCUGAACGAGGACGGCACGACCCUCGACAUCGAGGGCGGCGCCUUCGGCCCCUUUGACGACGAGGAGGACCAGGAGCGCAUUGCUCGGGCGGAGCGCAACCGCCUGCGCCGGAAGGGUCUCGACCCCAGGGCUGUACUGAACAAGCCUAAGAAAUCCGCGUCUGAGAAGACGGACGCCUCGAAACAGGAGGAGAGCAAGAAGGAGUCUGCCGUUGAGAACGGGGACGAGAAGGCAGCAAAGACAUCUGACAAGGUCGACAAGAAGGCUGACAAGAAGGACAAGAAGGCCGACAAGAGCAAGACGGACUCCGACUCCAAGAGCAGCAAGAAGAACAAGAAGAAGGCAGCGAGCAGUAGUCCGGGCAAAAAGGCCGGCAAAUAGUCGGAUUGCGCGGGAAUGUAGCAUCUUGUCUUUUCUUUUCUUUCGUUGAUCAGUCCAAAAGCAUCAUCUCAUGUUUAGGUACGGACGGCGCAUCAUUGUUGAUUGAUUCAUUGCGGUUUUGACGUAGAUAGCUGUGGUAGAAUAUAA